AUGGCGUGGCUGAGCGUCGGCUUGACAUUGGCUCUUAUCUUGUCAUUAUGCGUUUCACUCCUGACAAGCCCUGCGGCGGCUGGGAGUCCGAGGUCGAAACGGGCUUUGGAUCUAGUCAAUCCACUUAUAGGGACCAUCAAUGGCGGCCAUGUUUUCCCAGGGGCAACUUUACCAUUUGGAAUGGUGAAGGCAGGGCCUGAUACGGAUGGAGAGACUCAGGGCGGUUUUGACUCGAAUGCGACGGUCGUUCUGGGCUUCUCCCAUAUGCACGACUCGGGCACUGGAGGGGGCUCAUCUUUUGGAAGUUUCCCGAUUUUCGCCCACGCAGCCUGCCCGGACGAUGCGGUCGAAAAAUGUAUAUUCAACAAAAAGGAACGUGGAGCUAGCUGGAUAAAGGGCAGUGUCAAGGCCCGCCCUGGGUUCUUUGGGAUCACCCUCAAUAACUCGAUUUCCACAGAGAUGACCGUAACCAACCGCAGCGCUCUGUACAAGUUCACUUUUCCGAAAAGGCCAUUCCCCGAUCAAAAUGUCCCACUAAGCCCAUUCAUCUUGGUUGACUUGGAUGACCUGUCCGACACCCGCAGAGAGAGCAAAGUUUCUGUUAACCCUAAAACAGGUCGUAUUACUGGAAGUGGAUCGUUUAAUCCCAGUUUCGGGAAAGGGUCGUAUUUCUUAUAUUUCUGCAUGGAUUUUAGGAGCGCAGACAUCCGCCAAGCGGGAAUAUACACAAGCAGCAAAGGUGGCGCACCUACGCCUACGAUUAUAUCAGAAUCUGAUCCCGAUGCUGGGGAGGGUAACGUGCCGUUGGGCGCAUUUGUUCAAUUCCGUACGCCAAAAGACAGAAAGAUACUUGUACGCGUGGGGACUAGCUUUAUAAACACUGACAGAGCUUGUUCAAAUGCUGAGAGGGAACAACCCGACUUCGACUUUGACCGCACCAUGUCAGCAGCUAGGGACGCAUGGGCAAAGAAAUUCGAAGUCAUAGAGAUAAACGCGGGAGGUGUUUCUAAGGAUAUGGAGGUUAUAUUCUGGAGUGGGAUAUAUCGAACAAUGAUCAGCCCACAGGAUUACACCGGUGAGAAUCCUCUAUGGAAAAGUGACGAGCCUUAUUACGAUAGCUUUUACUGCAUAUGGGAUUCAUUUCGUAGCAUACAUCCACUCCUGACAAUUCUCGAUCCCCGGUCUCAGAUUCUCUUCGUUCGCAGCCUGAUUGAUAUUUACCGGCAUGAAGGUUUUCUUCCCGACUGUCGCAUGUCGCUUUGUAAGGGGUUCACUCAGGGAGGUUCCAACGCAGAUGUCGUCCUUGCGGACGCGUUUGUCAAGAGACUUCCCGGCAUUGAUUGGGAAACCGGGUACCAGGCCUUGCUAAAGGACGCAGAAUCCACCCCAAAUGACUGGGAGAUUGAAGGCCGUGGGGGGCUUGAAAGUUGGAAGAAGUUGGGAUAUAUUCCGUCAGAUGGUAUGCCAAUUGGUAACGGGCUUCGCACCCGUAGCGUGUCGCGUACGGUCGAAUAUGCAUAUAAUGACUUUUGUAUUGCAUUGGUGUCCAAAGCCCUGGGCCAUCAUGGCGAUUAUGCCAAAUACAUGGAGAGAGCGAAGUUCUGGAAAAAUGUGUACAAGGAGAACCAGACAAGUGCAAUCAACGGGACAGACACUGGCUUUGUAGGGUGUCUCCAGCCGCGACUUGAGGACGGGACAUGGGACUAUCAGGAUCCAAUCCACUGUAGCCCGCUACUAAACCAGCAUUCAUGCUACCUGAAUAGUCUAGGCGGAGAGUCGUAUGAGGGUAGCUUGUUUAUGUACACGUUCUACGUUCCUCAUGACAUGGCAUCGCUCAUAGCCACCCUAGGCGGUCCAGAUGCAUACACUGCCCGUCUCAAUUUCCUGCACGAGUCCGGUCUGCUGUACAUGGGCGACGAACAAGCUUUCCUCCCGGUAUACCAAUACCACUAUGCCGGACGACCAGCAUUAUCCGCAAAGCGCGCCCACGCAUACAUCCCCUCACAAUUUAACAAUUCCCUCAACGGCAUUCCCGGCAACGAUGACAGCGGGGCGAUGGGUUCAUUCCUAGCGCUAGCGAUGAUGGGCUUGUUCCCUGUCGCUGGCCAAGAUGUGUAUCUAAUCACACCCCCUUUCUUUAAAGAGGUGCGAAUUUACAACGACCUUACUGGUAAUGUUGCCAAUGUGCGGAAUAUCAACUUUGACCCUAAAUAUGGUGCGAUUUAUAUCCAGAGCGCGAAGCGGGAUGGGAAAGAUUGGCGACGGAAUUGGAUUGGGCAUGAUUUCUUUGAGAAAGGUGGUGUCUUGGAGCUGGUUCUUGGAAAGGAGGAGAGUCAUUGGGGGACUAGGGAGGAGGAUUUGCCGUUUAGUUUAUCGACAGGAGGAUUUUGA